AUGGCGCAGCAUAAGCGUGCAGUUUCCACCCUCGUUCUUCUCCUCCUCCUGUUCUUCUCGGCGUCGACGAAUGCCACACGGCCACCAGCAACGCUCCGCAUCCCCGUCGUCCACCGCGACGCGGUCUUCCCGCCGCCGCCGGGCGCCAGCCGGGGUAGCCUCCUAAGCCGCCGCGCGGCUGCCGACGCCGCACGCUACGCGGCCCUCAAGGCGUCCCUCUGCCUCCGCCGCUCCUCCGCGCACGACGACCGCCUCCACUCCCCGGUCAUGUCCGGGCUCCCCUUCGACAGCGGCGAGUACUUCGCGUCCAUCGGCGUGGGCACCCCGUCCACCACCGCGCUGCUGGUCAUCGACACCGGCAGCGACCUCAUCUGGCUACAGUGCAAGCCCUGCCGCCGCUGCCACCGCCAGAUGAGCCUGCUCUACGACCCCAAGGACUCCAGCACCUACCGCCAGAUCCCCUGCUCGUCGCCGCGGUGCUUCCCUCGCCAGGGCUGCGACAGCAGCACCGGGGCCUGCGGGUACACCAUGGUCUACGGCGACGGCUCCGGCAGCAGGGGCAACCUCGCCACCGACAGGCUCGUCUUCUCCAACGACACGUCCGUGGACAGCAUCGUCAUCGGGUGCGGCCACGACAACGAGGAGCUGUUCGACUCGUCGGCCGGGGUGCUGGGCGUCGGCCGCGGCACCGGCUCCCUGGCGACGCAGGUGGCGCCGACCUACGGGCGCUACUUCGCCUACUGCCUCGGCGACCGCACGUCCGUCGCGCGGAGCAGCGCCUCCUACCUCGCCUUCGGCCGCACGCCGGAGCCGCCGUCCACGGCCUUCACCCCGCUGCUGUCCAACCCGCGGCGCCCCAACCUGUACUACGUGAACAUGGCCGGGUUCAGCGUCGGCGGCGAGCGUGUCGCCGGCGGGUUCUGCAGCUCCGGCCUCUGGCUCGACCCGGCGAACGGGCGGGGCGGCGUGGUGGUGGACUCGGGCACGUCCAUAUCGCGGCUCCCCAGGGACGCGUACGCGGCGCUGCGCGACGCCUUCGACGCGCGCGCGGCCGCGGCCGGGAUGCGGAGGCUGGCCCGGGGCAUCUCGGUGUUCGACGCGUGCUACGAGCUCCGAGGCGCCAGCGUGCCGGCAGUGACGCUGCACUUCGCCGGCGGGGCGGACGUGGCGCUGCCCCCGGAGAACUACUUCAUACCCGAGCAGGGCGGGAGGUACCACUGCCUGGCGCUGGAGGCGACGGACGACGGGCUCAGCGUGGUCGGCAACGUCCUGCAGCAGGGGUUCCGGGUCGUGUUUGACGUCGAGAAGGAGCGUGUCGGGUUCGCGCCAAAUGGCUGCUAA